AUGCGAUUCCUUAUUGUCUUUAUUGCUAUGUGCUUCAUUGUUAGUGAUGCUAUGGUUGUUUCACGAGCAAUGAAUAACGGUACAUUUUGUGAUGUAUGCGAAAAAUUUAUUGGUGAUGUUCGAGAUCAUAUGCAGAAAGUUGGUGAAUGUACUAGAAAGCAACUUGAAAAAUGGUGUGCCAAGAAAACUAACAAUGAUAUUGUGCAGCAAAUUUGUGAUGCAGCAAUUAAAGCCGAUGAAGAUUUCUUAAAAUGGCUUAAAGAAAAUAUGGAACCAUAUGAUGUUUGCGCUAAAAUGCAUUUAUGUUAA